AUGGCCUCGAAGAAGGACUUGAAGAAACUUUCUUUCCGCGAGAAGGCUGACAUUUUGGAUCCGCCGACGAAAGAUGUCUCUAGUAGUUCAGAUGGCAAGGAGACCAAAGACCCGCCCAAAGUGUCAACGGAUAAAACCCAGAAGGAGGACAAUGGGGUGGAGCCGAGUGCUGUAGGUAUUGGCUGGGUCUUUGGGCUAGGGCUGUGAACUAGCUUAUUGUUGAAGCUAGAGCUAGGGCUCUAGGCUAUGGCUAGGGCUAGGGCUCUGGGCUAGGGCUCUGGGCUAGGGCUCUGGGCUAGGGCUCUGGGCUAGGGCUCUGGGCUAGGGCUUUGGGCUAGGGCUAGGUCUAUGACUAGCUAGAACAAUAUUUUAGCCUAAUAUCCUCAUAAGUUUCAGGCCAACACUCGCCUGUCGAAGAUGUUCAGUGGGGUCAAAGCGGAGAAGCCUUUGAAUCUGAAGAACCUGAUCAAAGACCAUCUGAUGGCGGGUGCCAAGCGAAUGGACUACGAACCAACGAUUAUUUAUCAGCUUCUGGAGCUAGCCAAAGACUCGUUUCAGAAGCAGGAACCGCUGAUUGAGCUGAAUGCACCGGUCAAUAUCUGUGGCGACAUUCACGGACAGUACAGUGAUCUGUUGCGCAUCUUCAACGUGAGUUUUGGGGUUUAGUUUUUGAUGCAAAAAGAAUGGCGUGUUCAAAAUUUGAAUCAUUUUUUGAUGCAAAAAGAAUGGCGUGUUCAAAAUUUGAAUCAUUUUUUGAUGCAAAAAGAAUGGCGUGUUCAAAAUUUGAAUCAUUUUUUGAUGCAGAAAAAAUGGCGUAUUCAAAAUUUAAAUCAUUUUUUGAUGCAAAAAGAGUGGCGUAUUUAAAAUUUAAAUCAUUUGUUGAUGUGAAAAGAAUGGCGUGUUUAAAAUUUAAAUUAUUUUUUGAUGCAAAAAGAAUGGCGCCGAUAGUUUUUUUUCAUUUUUUUGAUGCAAAAAGAAUGGCGUGUUCAAAAUUUGAAUCAUUUUUUGAUGCAAAAAGAAUGGCGUGUUCAAAAUUUGAAUCAUUUUUUGAUGCAGAAAAAAUGGCGUACUCAAAAUUUAAAUCAUUUUUUGAUGCAAAAAGAAUGACGUUUUUCAAAAUUUAAAUAAUUUUUUGAUGCAAAAAGAGUGGCGUAUUUAAAAUUUAAAUCAUUUGUUGAUGCGAAAAGAAUGGCGUGUUUAAAAUUUAAAUUAUUUUUUGAUGCAAAAAGAAUGGCACCGAUAGUUUUUUUUCAUUUUUUUGAUGCAAAAAGAAUGGCGUAUUCAAAAACCAAAAAUUUUAGAGCUGUGGUAUGCCAUUCAAAGUACGAUACCUCUUCCUGGGCGACUACAUUGAUCGAGGCAAGCAUUCGAUCGAAGUGAUCAUGUUGUUGUUGGCAUGCAAGGUGAAGUAUCCCAAGAACAUCUACCUGCUACGAGGGAAUCAUGAACUCAAGAACAUCAACAAGUAGGGUUUAGCUUUGGCCUUGCCCCUUGGCCUUGCCUCUUGGCGUUGCCUUGACUUGCCCUGGGGCUUGUCUUGGGCCAUGCCUUUGGCCAUGCCCUUGGGCUUUGCCUUGACUUGUCUUGGGCCUUGCCUUGUCUCAAUAAUGCUUAACCUUAAACUCUUUCCAGAGUCUACGGAUUCUUCGAAGCCAUCAAGAAGCGCUACAACUCGGACACUCAACUGGUCGACGAUCUAUACCUAUUCUUCAACGAGGUCUUCUCCUUCAUGCCAUACGCCGCCCUAGUGUCCAGGAAGAUCCUAUGCAUGCAUGGUGGUAUAUCACCUCGAUUGAACUCGCUGGACGAUAUCCGUAAGUUGAAGCGAGGUCGACUGGUCAUGGAGAAGAACACUCUGGAGCAGGACCUGCUGUGGUCGGACCCACAGAAGGGUGUCAAGGGCUACGAGCAGAACAAGAUUAGGUCAGUGUCAGUAUUGUUUGGAGAAGAAGCGGUCAAAGAGACAUUGGCAAGGCUGAAGAUCGACAUGGUGAUUAGGGCUCAUCAGGUAAGAGAGAGGGUUAUUAGAAUGUAUAAUAGUUGAAGGUAUGGUAGGGCAAGGUAAUGUAAGGCAGUAUAAGAGUUGGGUGAGGUAGGGUAGCGAGGUCAUUUUAAAUUGUGGGAGGGUAGGAGAGGGGCAGGGGCGGAUAUAUAUUAGGGUAGGGUUUGGUGAAUUUUAUAAGAUAUUUCAGGGCAGGGUAAGGCUUGGGCAAAAGAAGAUAAUGUAGAAUAUUCUAAGGUAGUGUAAGGUAGGGUAGUGUAGGGUAGAGUACGGUAGGGCCUUGGGUACGAUAGGGCCUAAGGUACGGUAGGGCCUAGGGUACGAUAGGGUAGUGUAGGGUAGGGUAUAUAACUAAUUUCAUUUUUGUAGGUAGUAGAAUUUGGCUACGCCUUCUUUGCUAACCGUUCCGUAAUCACAGUGUUCUCGGCGGCACGGUACACCGAAGACUUGUGUAACUACGCAGCGGUGGUCCAGAUCAGUUCGAAGCUAGAAUGUUCUUUUACCCAGCUCAAACCGAUCGAAUUCGAUGAAAAGAAACGUGAGAAACAGAUCGUGAGAACGAUGGACUGUGACGACGAAGAAUGA